AUGGAAAGCCAGAUAGGUUGGUUCAUUUCUUCGAAUUUUCCUAUUAGGGAAAACAAACGGUACCGAGUCUAUGUAGUCAUCCCUCUGCUGCCCGGAUUUGAAGGUGAUAUUUCAACAGGAGGAGGAAAUGCGCUGCAAGCAAUCAUGCAUUUUAACUACAGGACCAUGUGCAGAGGAGAUAAUUCGAUCCUGGGACAGCUGAAAACCGAGAUGGGAGAACAGUGGAUUAACUAUAUCUCCUUCUGUGGGCUCCGAAACCAUGCUGAGCUGGAAGGGAAACUUGUCACAGAGUUGAUCUAUGUUCACAGCAAGCUGAUGAUUGUCGAUGACAACACAGUCAUAAUUGGCUCAGCUAACAUCAAUGACCGCAGCAUGCUAGGGAAACGUGACAGUGAAAUGGCUGUUGUUGUGCAGGACACGGACACUGUUCCUUCUGUCAUGGAUGGAGAGGACUACAAAGCUGGAAGAUUUGCUCAGUCUCUCCGCCUUCAGUGCUUUAGAGUUGUCUUUGGCAGUUCAGUUGACGCAAAUGAUCUCCAAGAUCCUGUUAGUGACAAAUUCUUCAAGGAAGUGUGGGUUGCUACAGCUGCACGCAAUGCCACCAUUUUUGAUAAGGUUUUCCGAUGCCUUCCCAGUGACCAGGUAACCAACUUAGCCCAGUUACGGGAAUUCAUCACCAUACCAAAACUUGCUUGUGAGAAUCCUGCAAAAGCAGCAGAAGAACUCAAGAAGAUCCGAGGAUUUCUAGUCCAGUUCCCUUUUCGUUUUCUAGAUGAAGAAAAUUUGCUUCCUUCUGUUGGAACAAAAGAAUCCAUGGUUCCCAUGGAAACUUGGACUUAAAACGACUUAGCCUAAAUUGGAUUU